UUUUGUUUGAUCUGUUUCCCUCCUUGGUGAUUUGUUUUACUUUUGGUUCUGAUUCGCUUUUUCCUAUUUGUAUUUUAACAAUCAGGACAAAAACUGAGGAGGAAAAACCUCUGAAAAACUUUCCCCCGUUCUCUUUAAGGGGCGGGGGGAGCAAUUCCCGCUGUUUCUUCAAAUGUUAAACCUUUAGCGUUUACUUUGUUUUGUUUUAUUAUGUAGGGGUUUAUUGCUGCUCCGAUAGAGCUUUUCCUCUUGUGUUUGCAGCUUCUCUGAGGGAGAGACACACAGGAAGAACCAGGAGCCCUGAACUGCACAAACAAGGAACGUAGGAGGAGUCCAUAUAAGCAAAGGAACUGGAAGGAUUUCACCUUGUUGCUGCUUGUUUCAGGCGAUUUUCCGUCCUCCUCCUUGAAACGCCCCAGCAGAGGGUUUCUUUGUUGCUUUCGCUACCGACCAGAAGCAAAUUCUUUGCAUGUUUUUGGAGGUGUUUUUUACUGCGGUUCCCUUGCAAGAAACAGACCAGCACCUUCCUGCUAGGAGGAAAAUCUGAUCAACUGAGGUUUCCCCCACCUCCGGCUGAGUGUGAGAGUUCGAGUGACACCCCUACUGGCCUGUAGCUGACUUCAAAUCUAACUGGAAUCACAGCUAGGGCUGCUAAAUCUACCUGGUCAAGGACCCUUCAAACCCUCAUAUUGAUGACAGAUUUGUAGCCAAAGGAAAAUCGGAUCAAUAUAAUUGUGGAGCUCUGGGGGGUUAUCUUGAGACUACUCUGUCUGCAUGACUAAUCUUGAAAUUGUCUGAAAUAAAUCUUUAGUUCAAGGAGUAGUAGGAUAUUUCCCCUUGGUUUUAGGUUUAUUUUCUACUCAUACAAGCAUUUAACAUUUCUGUAGCAGGGGUUUAACGGGGCAUGGGACACAUACGGAAAACUAACCUGCUCCAUAACAAUCACAAGUGGGAAUAGUUUCCGUCAUCUUUGCGGUAUGAAAGGUGCUCUCUGGAUUUUCUGCUGGUGGCUCUCUAAAUGGAUCAAUCUCUCUCUGGUUUUGCUAGCGAUGUGAUGAAGGAUCCAGAUUUAUUGGAAUACCAACGCCAAUAAAUUUACUCUCUCAGCGUUGAAGGGAUUGGCUGUGACAGUGCAAAGAAACAUGUGUUUCACAUUUCUGCCUUGUUGUUUUGGUGCAAUCAAUACCUCCACAAGAUACAACGAUUUAGAUGGCGAUUAUAACACAGUCAUGCACACGGCGUGCUGCCUUCGGGUUGCAUGCAAAGUGAGCACAAAUCACCGAGUCCUCCGCUCCUGUAAACCGGGGGUUUCUGUUCCCCCCAGACUUCAGGAUGAAGGCAAAGGGCGAUGUCCUCAACCCACCAAAGAGAAACCGGCCUCGGGGUGUGGAGUGAUCAACGGCCAAAGAGCUGAGAAAAGUGUCUUCAGGCAGUCGGAUCGACUAGGGAUCCGUGAAGAAAUAAUAGUUGGAAGAAAGGUGGAUCGAGAAAUUAUUGCACGAAGGAAUAGCUGGAGAGACCGGACGAUGAUAAAGUUAAACUUCUGUUUCUUCUUCUGUCGCGGAUGGUGGGCGUUUCUGUUGAUUCAGCUCCACAUGUUGCAAGCACUGGCACAAGAUGAUGUUGCACCAUACUUCAAGACUGAGCCUGGUUUGCCCCAGAUCCAUCUAGAGGGGAACCGUCUUGUAAUCACGUGCCUUGCGGAAGGCAGCUGGCCCUUGGAAUUUAAGUGGUUACACAAUGACACUGAAAUCACUGCCUACUCCACUGAAUAUAAAUACAUCAUCCCAACCUUGCAAAGGUCCCAUGCUGGGUUUUAUCAGUGUGUGGUGCGGAACAGGAUGGGGGCACUCUUGCAAAGGAAAUCUGAAGUUCAAGUGGCAUACAUGGGAAAUUUCAUGGACACAGACCAGAGAAAAACAGUGUCACAAGGACAAGCUGCAGUUCUAGAAUUCCUGUACAUCAUCAGCUAUCCCAGACCACAAGUGACUUGGUUUAGAGAUGGCCACAAGAUUAGUCCAAGCAGCAGAAUAGCUAUAACACUGGAGAAUCAGUUGGUGAUCCUUGCAGCAGAAGCAACAGAUGCAGGAGGUUACUAUGUCCAAGCAGUCAAUGAAAAAAAUGGAGAGAACAAGACGAGUCCAUUUCUUUAUCUGAGUGUAGCGAAUGCCAACAAUGUAUCUGACACCACAGCUCCUAUCAUUGUAGUCCCUCCGCGCAACACCAGUGUGGUAGCAGGGAGCAGUGAAAUCACACUGGAAUGUGUGGCCAAUGCAAGACCUGUUGAGAAACUGAGCAUGACCUGGAAGAGAAAUGGAAUAAAAAUAAGCAGUGGGGUUAACAGUUUUGGGAGACGUCUUACUAUCACCAACCCAACCACGGCUGACAUUGGGAUGUACUUUUGUGAGGCAGAGUUGAAAGACAGCACUGUUGAGCCAGCAAGAGCAAAGGCCUUCCUCUCUAUAAUGGAGCCCCCCUAUUUCACUGCUGAGCCUGAGAGUCGAAUUUUGGCCGAGGUGGAGAAAACAGUGGACCUCUUAUGUCAGGCAAUGGGAGUUCCCAUUCCCACUCUAGCCUGGUAUAAGGACUCUGUUCCUAUCAAUGAGCUACAGAAUCCUCGUUACAAAGUGCUAACGAAUGGGGGGCUGCAGAUCCAGGGACUGCGUCCUGAUGACUCUGGAAUCUUUCAGUGUUUUGCCAGUAAUAAAGCUGGAGAAAUACAGACUCACACCUACCUGGAUGUAACCAAUAUUAAACCAACAUUUACCCGACCUCCAAUGGACACUACUGUUACAGAAGGGAUGACUGCAGUAUUAAGCUGUGAGGUUACUGGGGCUCCAAAACCUGCCAUCACAUGGAAAAGGGGGAACCAGAUCUUAGCCAGUGGCUCUGUUCAGAUUCCCAGGUUCAUUCUUCUUGAAUCUGGUGGGCUCCAGAUUAUUCCCGUCUUCCUCCAGGAUGCUGGCAAUUAUACCUGCUAUGCAGUCAACUCUGAAGGAGCCCUGAAUGCUUUCGCUAUCCUGACUGUCUGGAAUCGCACUUUUAUUGUUCACCCUCCUGAAGACAGCACUGUUAUUAAGGGAACCACAGCCACUCUACAAUGUGAAGCAACUCAUGACCCUAGAAUUUCAAUCAGGUAUGUUUGGAAGAAGGAUGGCAUUGUAAUAAACCCAUCCAGCAGUUCCAGAGUUACAGUAGAGAAAGGUGGUACCCUCCUUAUUAGCCAGACCUGGUCAGGUGACAUCGGAGACUACACCUGUGAGGUUAUUUCUUUCGGAGGAAAUGAUUCGAGAAAGGCUCGACUAGAAGUGAUAGAGCUGCCUCACUCCCCUCAGAAUCUUCUGGCCAUCCUGAAUUCUUCAUACAGCCACAGCGUGAUGCUUUCCUGGGUGCGUCCCUUUGAUGGAAACAGUCCUGUUCUCUACUAUAUAGUAGAGUUGUCUGAGAACAACUCUCCCUGGAAAGUGCAUCUAUCAAAUGUUAACCCUAAGAUGACCAGUAUCACUGUGAGUGGAUUAACUCCAGCCCGUACCUACCAAUUUAGGAUGUGCGCUGUUAACCAGGUGGGCAAGGGCCAGUAUAGCACUGAGACCAGCAGAUUGAUGUUACCUGAAGAACCUCCCAGCGCUCCUCCUAAAAACAUAGUAGCGAGUGGACGUACCAAUCAGUCUAUCAUGGUUCAGUGGCAGCCUCCUCCUGAAAGUGAACAUAAUGGGGUUCUCCAUGGGUACAUCCUAAGGUAUCGCCUGGCAGGCCUCCCUGGGGAGUAUCACUAUAAGAACAUCACCAGCGCAGAGAUUAACUACUGUUUGGUGAAAGACCUGAUCAUCUGGACUCAGUAUGAAAUCCAGGUGGCAUCUUAUAAUGGAGCCGGGCUGGGAGCAUUCAGCAGAGCAGUGACAGAGUACACUUUACAGGGAGUGCCUACAGCUCCACCACAGAAUGUGCAAGCUGAAGCUGUGAAUUCCACGACCAUUCAGUUCCUAUGGAAUCCUCCACCACAGCAAUUUAUCAAUGGUAUCAAUCAGGGAUACAAGCUCCUGGCAUGGCCAGUGGCUGCACCAGAGUCUGUGACUGUGGUCACCAUUGCUCCUGAUUUUCAUGGAGUUCACAGUGGCUGCAUUACCAACUUGAAGAAAUUCACUGCUUAUUACACAUCAGUUCUAUGUUUCACCACACCAGGGGAUGGACCACAAAGCCCACCAGAGCUGCUGUGCACUCAUGAAGAUAAGCCAGGAGCUGUGGGACACCUGAGUUUCACUGAGAUUCUGGACACGUCUCUCAAGGUCAGCUGGCAGGAACCUAUAGAGAAAAAUGGUAUAAUUACAGGCUACCAGAUCUCCUGGGAGGUGUACAGCAGGAAUGAAUCUCGUCUGGCUCGCACUCUAGCCAACACAACCCUUGAAUACAAAAUCACUGGGCUGUCAUCUCUCACAACCUACACUAUUGAGGUGGCAGCUAUGACUGCAAAAGGCACUGGGUUGGUCACCUCCUCUACCAUUUCCUCGGGAGUGCCCCCAGAACUCCCCGGUGCCCCAUCUAAUCUGGUUAUUUCUAACAUCAGUCCUCGCUCUGCCACGCUUCAGUUCCGGCCCGGAUAUGAUGGGAAAACCUCCAUCUCCAAGUGGAUAGUAGAGGGGCAGGUUGGUGUUCUAGGAGAGGAGGAGGAGUGGGUGAGUCUAUAUGAGGUGGAGAGUGAACCUGAUGCCCAGAUGCUGGAGAUACCAAACCUCAUUCCAUACACUCAUUACAGAUUCCGGAUGAGACAGGUGAACAUUGUCGGCCAAAGCCCACUCAGCCAACCAUCUCGUCUCAUCCAGACACUGCAGGCACCACCAGAUGUUGCACCAGGGAGCGUUACUGUACGCAGUGCCAGUGAGACUAGCUUAUGGAUCCGAUGGAUGCCUCUCCCAGAUGCUCAGUAUAAUGGCAACCCAGAGUCGGUGGGUUACAGGAUAAAAUUGUGGCGUGUGGAUCUGCAGUCUCCAGUGCUCAUGAAGAUUAUCAGUGACCGGCUGGAGAGGGAAUAUACUGUUGAGGAUCUGGAGGAGUGGGUAGAAUAUGAACUGCAGAUUCAGGCCUUCAAUGCCAUCGGUGCAGGACCAUGGAGUGAAGUGGUGAGAAGUUGCACACGGGAGUCUGUUCCUUCUGCUCCCCCUGAGAAUGUGUCAGCUGAAGCAGUAAGCUCCACCCAGAUCCUACUGACAUGGAUAUCAGUACCUGAACCAGAGCAAAAUGGACUUAUUCUGGGCUACAAGAUUCUGUUUAAAGCAAAAGAUUUGGACUCUGAACUAAAGACCCAAAUAGUUAGAGGUAACCACACACAGAGUGUCCUGCUGGCCAGCUUGAGGAAAUACGUUCUUUAUGAGAUUCAGGUGCUGGCAUUCACACGUAUUGGAGAUGGGGUCCCUAACUUCCCUCCAGUCAUAGAGAGAACCAAGGAUGAUGCCCCAGGACCUCCUGUGAGGCUGGUGUUCCCUGAAGUGAGACUGACAUCAGUACGAAUUGUGUGGCAACCACCAGAGGAACCCAAUGGAAUUAUUCUGGGAUAUCAAAUCGCAUAUCGCCUGGCAACCAGCAGCCCUAACAAGUUCACCACAGUGGAAGUUGGCUCAACAGUCAGACAGUUCACAGCUACCGAUCUCAGCCCUGAGUCUGCAUACAUCUUCCGGACAUCUGCCAAGACCAGACAGGGCUGGGGAGAGCCUCUGGAAGCCACAGUAAUCACUACAGAAAAGAGAGAGCGGCCAGCACCUCCCAGAGAACUGAGGAUACCCCAGUCUGAGGUGUCGUCACAGAGCCUGCAGUUACAAUGGGUUCCUGGUAGUGAUGGAUCUUCACCAAUACGGUACUUCACUGUGCAAGUGCGAGAGCUUCCAAAUGGAGAAUGGAAAACCUAUCCCUCUUCCAUCAGUCAUGAGGCAACGUCCUGUGUUAUUGAGAGGCUGAACCCAUUUACCUCUUAUAAGCUGCGCCUGAAAGCAACCAAUGAUGUUGGAGAUAGUGACUUCAGUGCUGAGACAGAAGCAGUCACUACUCUGCAGGAUGUUCCAGGUGAACCUCCACAUUCUGUGUCAGUAACUCCCCACACUACCUCCUCUGUCCUCGUUCAGUGGCAGCCACCAAAGGUUGAGAGUCUGAAUGGCUUGCUGUUGGGGUAUCGGAUUUAUUACCGGGAGCUGGAGUAUGAAACUGGGCCUGGAACAGAGUCCAAGACUAUUAAAGUCCCUUCAGCUUUACGAGCUGAGCUUACACCCCAAAGCAGCUUCCAGACAGUGAAUAGCCCCUCUGCAUUAACGACAUAUGAAUUAACACAGCUGAAGAAAUACAAGAGAUAUGAAGUUGUAAUAACAGCAUAUAACAUCAUUGGGGAGAGCCCUACCAGUGCACCUGUGGAAGUGUUUGUUGGUGAAGCAGCACCAGCAAUGGCCCCACAGAACAUCCAAGUAAAUGUCCUUACUGCAAGCCAGCUAGAGAUCACCUGGGACCCACCUCCUGUCGACAGCCAAAAUGGGAACAUACAAGGCUACAAGAUUUAUUACUGGGAGAUGGACAUCCAGAAUGACACUGAGAAAGUGAAGGUCCUUUUCCUCCCAGAGACAACAGUUCGGCUGAAAAAUCUGACCAGCCACACCAAAUACAUGGUCUGCAUAUCUGCCUUCAAUGCAGCAGGGGAUGGACCAAGAAGCAGUCCCAUGCAGGGCAGGACACACCAGGCUGCUCCCAGCACUCCUAGCUUCCUGGCAUUCUCAGAAAUCACUUGCACCACACUCAAUGUGUCUUGGGGAGAGCCGACGGCAGCAAAUGGAAUCCUGCAGGGUUAUCGAGUGGUGUAUGAGCCCUUGGCACCAGUCCAGGGGGUGAGUAAGGUGGUGACUGUGGACAUAAAAGGAAAUUGGCAGCGCUGGUUAAAGGUCCGAGACCUCACCAAGGGGGUGACCUACCUAUUCAGAGUGAAAGCCAGAACCAUCACCUAUGGACCCGACGUACAAGCCAACAUCACAGCUGGGCCAGCAGAGGGGUCUCCUGGCUCCCCUCAAGAAAUUCUGGCUACAAAAUCUGCUUCUGGGCUGACUCUGCAGUGGACUGAGGGAGAUUCAGGGGACAAACCUACAACUGGCUACAUCAUAGAGGCGCGGCCAUCAGAUGAAGGACUAUGGGAUACGUUUGCGAAGGACAUCUCUCGCAGUGCUACCUCCUACACAGUCAGUCUGGACAAGCUAAGACAGGGGGUGAGCUAUGAAUUCCGAGUGGUUGCAGUAAAUGAGUUUGGCUAUGGAGAACCAAGCAUCCCAUCUGCAGCAGUAUCAGCCCAAAUGGAAACCCCUUUCUACGAAGAGUGGUGGUUCCUACUAGUGAUGGCUCUGUCUAGUCUCAUCCUCCUCCUGUUAGUGGUGUUUGCGUUGGUCCUACAUGGCCAGAGCAAGAAAUACAAGAACUGCAGCACAGGUAAAAACAUCUCGAAUGUGGAAGAGUCAGUCACACUGGAUAACGGAGGUUUCACAUCCCUGGAGCUCAACAGCCGACAUCUCAACGUAAAGAGCACUUUCUCCAAGAAGAAUGGGACGAGGUCCCCUCCUCGCCCAAGCCCUGGUGGGCUGCACUACUCAGAUGAGGAUAUCUGCAACAAGUACAAUGGAGCAGUGCUGACUGAGAGUGUGGCCCUGAAUGAGAAGCCUUUGGAAGUGUCAGAAUCAGAGGCCGCUGACUCGGAUUACGAAGAUGAGUUGCCAAAGCACUCUUUUGUGAACCAUUAUAUGAGUGACCCCACAUAUUACAAUUCUUGGAAGCGUCAGCAGAAGGGUGUGAAGCACCCAACAUCCUACAGGUACGAAGAGUGCGCGGCGAGUGAGACAGAACCCUAUUUCCAGACUGUCAUCACAACUCAGAGCACAGGUGGGGUGUACACCCCAAUAGGACAGCCGGCUCCCGGCUCACGGACUCCAGUGACAGGGUUCUCCUCCUUUGUCUGACACUGAGAGGAACCUGACAGCACUCCUGUGGAGAUGAAAAUGACCUGUCAUAGUGACUGCGUGUGUGAUCGGUGCAGUGAACUGUGGGGAAAUUUCUCUAUCAGGGUAGAACAGAGGUGAACGUGAAUGAGUCUAUUUUUCUGAAGACAAUCAACUCUUAAAACACGGAGCUGAACGUGCUAAACUUUUGUUUAAAAAAAAAUAUUCUGAAAAGGUACAAUUUUAACCACUUGUGAACAGUGGGGGGGGGGGGUUUAACCACUUUUGUAACACUGCUUCAGGAAGCAGUUUCCAUAUUCUUAUUUCCUCUUUCCAGCCGAGGAGGUGAAUUCCCUUGAUGCAGUGGGUAGCUUUGAUGUAAUUUGAGGAGAAAACAAAGGAAACCUCCCAAGAUCUCCCCUCCCCAUCAGGAUCAAGUAGGAAUAUUUAAAGAGAGGGGAAUGUUUUUCAUGAAAAGCCACAACAUUCUUUCCCCUGCUCCUUAUCACCAUUCUGCCUCCACCUUAGAAACACCAGCUGAUUAGUUUACAGUGGUAUCACUUCUCUUGCCUGUAGGUUCUCUACGGGUAUUUCUGAUAAUGAAUAUCUUACCUGCUUUUCUAUCCUACUCAAACAGGGUUUUUGAAUUUCUAAAAUAUUCCCACCUCCGGGCUCCUCUAAGAGGAGACAACUUGGAAGCGCUGUAGAUGAUACUGGGUGAAGCAGCUAGGAUGCUAUUCUGAUAUGGUGUCCGUUUGUUCUUGGUGUGACUCUAACCCUCCUUUGGUACCAUUUCAAUUGCAAAUCUGAAAGGAAAAAAUAGCAAGAAGAGGAAAAUUUGAAUGAACGUGACAGUUACAAACUGGGGAACCUGCUAACUGAUAGAUUGGUUUUCACUAAUCAAAGUUGUCCUUUGUUGAUAGAAGCCAAGCGCCUUCCUCUCCACCAUGCUGCUCUGACUUGAUUCUGCAGCACUGCCCACUGAUCUGUAAAAAGUACAUAUUGUUAACGGGGUCUGUUUGUUUUUUAUUUUUAUACAAAUAUCACAUCACACAAAGGGGGUGAGUUUUGGUGUCCACAGGUGCCUUUUAUUGAUUGUUGCAGCUUUGUACAUGAGAGAAGCGUCAAAAUGUCUCCAACGUAGGUUCAACGGGUUUUCAAAUGUUAGGGUUGCGAAUUACCUCGUGUACAUUUACAGGCUGGCUCUGUGCACCGAACCUCCAGUCGUUAGAAAUGAGAGACCUUUUUUUGUUUGUUUUACCUCCAUUUUGUACUGCCCCAUUUUUGACCCGCAGAGCUGCAGACUUUUACCCAAGUCUGUUGUGUUUAUCAGCAAGUGGUUGUUUUCAAGGGGAAGCUGUCAGUGGUUUAAAGAAUCCCAGUCCAGCUUUUGGAUUUAGCAACAGUCCUGCGACACCAUGAGGUGUUUGAAACAAUUAGUGUGGAGUAAUCAUAUCCUUGGCACUGCUGCCAUCUGGCAGUUCCUUCCAGAUGUGUUUGGGGAACAGCCAUGAAAAAUUGGCACUGCUGCAACUUAUUCAGGCACCUUUGGGGCGGGUGUGGAACAGCUUGGCAUUACUAUCAUUGCUAUUUGUCCGCAUCUCUCAGCAGAGCCCUGAAACAGCUUUGGCAUUGUCCUGACUGCUCCCUGCCAAUGGCCUUUAGGGCGGGUUUGAAACAGUCAUUGCAUUAUUACUGCUGUUACCUGCCAGUGCCUCUUCAGGGCAGAUGAGCAACUGAUUGGGCAUUGGCACUUCUUCUGGACAGGUGUGGUACAACCACAACCUCAGCACAACUGUUAUCUUUCAGUGCCUGCUCAGAGCAGGCAACUGCUUUAUCCUUCAGCACUGCCUCUGGGCACUGCAACUCUCAGUGCAUACUCUGUGUAGCCUUGACAUGGGAUUUAUGUUCCUUUCCAAAAGCUUCAGAAAAGAAAGCGAUUCCAAACCAAAAACUUCAGAGAGUGUGUUUAACAGCUUUUGAAGUUGAGAUAACUAUCCGCAGUUCUUGGGAUGGAAAGUGUCUUGGAGAGACGUGUGCUUGAGGGAAGAAAGGAGCCUCUCACUCUUCCAGUACUGCUUGUGCACAGGGGACAACUGGAAUUUGCUGUGAAGGUGAAUGUAGAAAUGGAGAACAUGGAAAGAAACGACUGCCUUUCUGUGCACUUUGACUGUUCUCUUAAGCCAUAUGGACAUUGCUUUAAUUAAUUAACUGAAAAGAAUUUGUUUUGACUCUAUUAUUUGAAUUUUUGUUUUGUUUCUUGGGGAAUAUUACAUGAGUGAGGGUUUUGCUUUGAUUUUUUUAAUAGCCUCAUUAUUUCCUGUGAUUUGAUUUUUUUUCAGCUUUAUUAUUUCCUGUGUCUGAGUGUGUAUUUUUAGAUUUGUUUGGGGGUUUUUUGUAUAGAAUUGUUUCUACAAUGUAGCUGCCCUGGCAGUGUGAUUGCUGUUGGAAUUUUAGCAACUGCACUAAUCCAAUAGCCUUGAGGGAUGAUGUUAGUGGAAGCAUGCUUCCAGUUCCUUUCUGGUAAGAUACAUGGAUUGGAAGGGCAUAGAUCCAAACCUGGAAAGGCUUAGGUCCAAAGUCAGCCUUGGCUUAAGCAGGUGCACCACCACUGAUGACAACACCAGGUCUCAAUGUGGCACAUGAUAGAGCACUUCCUGGAAUAGGGUUACCACCACAUUGGUUUGUAUCCCAACUUCCAUUCUCAUUUUGCAAACAGCUAGUGAACAGUGCAUGAUAAAAGGAAAUGAACCUUAAUGGCAACCAUUCCCCUGUAGCUUGAAGAGGGAAAUGGUGAGAACUUGAUAGGGUGAGAUGAAGGGAAUAUUCCCCCUUCCUUAGAUCCUUCUGCUAAUUAACUGUCAGGAGUUUUGUUGAGUUUGUUGAGGAGCCUGCUGAAUUGGCUGUAUGAGAACUCUCUUUGACUCCCAAAUAAAAAUGUCAAGAGUGAUUCUUUUAGGACCUGUUGACACUAAUAGAGUAAGUUCUACUCAAUUCUAUUCUACCAGUCAUUUCCACAUCUGUUCAUUUAUUUAGGUUACCCUAUCCAUUAAGAAUGGAAGUGCAUGGCAUUAGUUACUCUUACCAAAUGGGAAUAUAAUAUGCAUUACCCCUCCCACUAUCAUGUAUCAUAGUUAAACACAUGAUGAAGUUGAGCCUCCCGUCAUCUGCUGUUCAUAUUCUGUAGUUGAAAAAGUAUGAUUAAUAGUUGUGUUUUACUUAUUAGGAUUUAAGGGAUUUAAGAUAAUUUGCCAUGUCUGGCAUGAUGCGCCCCAUCAGUUAGCAAGAAAAUCCUGUUUCAAAGCUGUGAUCUUUGGGAAUCGGAUCCUUUAAAUGUUUCACGUUUGAGGAAAACUCAAGACACCAUUCCACAUUUUAGCCAAUAAGACCUGAGUAUGCAAAUAAACUAAAGUGCACUAUAGGUUGAGAUAGCUGUAUGUCAGAAUCCUUCUACCCAUCACACCCACCUUCCACAAUAUCACUGUUCAGAACAAUCAUUUAAUUCAAGGCUUAUAUUUAAAAAAAUCUGUUUUGCUCUUUUGCUCCCUCCCUCCCCUGUGGAUCUAUUUAAAAACAAAAACAGCAUAAUUAACAAAUCCAUGCAAGAGCACAGAUGGACAUCUCUGAUCUGAUUUUAAUGGAAACAUAUUUUUCUUGUCAUAGCCUUCAAAUAUAUCAAACCUCGCACAGGAAAACAGUGCAUCAUAUUACACACCCAUCUCUGGGCUCAGAUUUCACUGCAAACCACUCAGUCAAUGAUGUCAUCUUUGAUGUGAGCAUAUAACCUGAAUCUGAAGUUAUCCGUGUAACAAAUCUAACUCUGUUGGAAAAACUCACACAGCUUAAAAACCCCUCUACAAAUCUUUUGCAUCAUUCUGCAUAAUUCUAAAAGUAUGGAUUUUUCUUAACCUCUGGUUCUGUUUCAUAAACAACACUGUCCCCCACCAAGCCUCAACCAUUCACUCACUCUUUUGAAUGCUCUACAAGAUCUUUGUUUAAUGUAUCCACCGAGAAACAAGGUGGGUGAGGUAAUAUCUUUUAUUGUACCAAUUUCUGUGGGUGAUAGAGACAAGCUUUCAAGUC